AGUCCCCACCCGGCCCCCCCAGGGCUGCCCGAGGGACCCUCAGCCCCAUGGGCCAGGGGAACACCCAGCAGCAGGGUCCACAGGAGAGCCUUAUGGUCUGAACUGCCUAGGGAUAUGGGACAGAUCACGGGAUGCAGGGAAAAGCAUUUGGAAGUUGCAUGAGACUUCUUAUGGGAUGUUUGGAGAGGGGACAAAAGGCAAGGAAACAAGGGAUUCUGGGUGACUUGGGAAGGAACAAAUGUUGAAAAAUAGAGAGGGAUAAAGGGGCAUUAAGGACCAGUUGUAUGUAAACAGGGUCUGGUCGGUAUGCAUGCGUGCGUGUCUAGGGGUGAGGCACCUGGGUAGAGAGAGGAUCCCUGACCAGCUACUGGAUGUCCAAAGCCAGCUUCUGGGGAUCCGUGGGGUGAGUGAGUGAGUGAGUGAGUGGUCUGUACCAGAAGUGGAGUGGGGUUGCACCCUCAGGGGCCUGUAUACCCAAGUGUCAGCAACUGGGGAGACUAGUGGGAUUUGGGAGCCAGCUACUGGAUACAUCAGUAUAAUCAUAACAUAAAAAUAGUGCUAUGAUCUAACAAACAAGGAUUUACAAAUGCUGGAAAUUAAAAGUGAAAUUUAUAAUCCAAACCAUAAAAUAUACAGAGACAUGGGAAAGGCAAUAUAUCACUUUCUCUAUAUUUUGGGGGAAGUUUUUUAUUUUAUUACCUCUUUUGGGUAGGCUUCAGCAACUGUUCCCAGCAUAGAAAAUAUGUUCCUGAGGCCCAGAGAUGUGCCAGCUUUACCAUAGAGCCUAGCCCUCCUCUUAGCAACAGAGCUGGUGGUCUGGAUGUCAAUGUAAGAGAUGCCCUCAUACACCAGCAAGGAGAAUUGCUAAGAUAACUAUUGAGCAAUUUAGACCUAUGGCUUCCCACAGCUUUGGCUUGUUUGAAGUAUUGUUGACUAGUCACACCAGUACCAUUUCCAAGAAUUCCCUGAAGAGCUCCCUGCUGCAGCUAGAAUGUCAUUUUACAUGGACUUUGCUGAAGCAGGAUGUGGAUCUUGAUGACCUAGAGGAAACAAUAGGCGAUCAGAUCGAGUUUUUCAUAAAAUCCAAUGUCACAAAUUAUAAUCUCCUAUCCUAUGUAUGCCACCUAAAGAAUUCAAAUGAGGAAGCCCUGAGAAAUCUCCAAAAAGCUGAAGAAGAAGUUAAAAAAAAUCAUUCAGAUGAAAUAGCCAGGAGAAGUCUUGUUACCUGGGGGAACUAUGCCUGGAUCUAUUACCACAUGGAGAGAUACGAAGAAGCUCAAGCUUAUGUAAGCAAAGUGGAAAACAGCUGCAAAAAGCUUUCAAGUACUGCUCAACAGAAGAUUCAGCUUCCAGAGAUCUAUGCUGAGCAAGGAUGGGCAUUAUUAAAGUUUGGGGGAAAGUACUACGAGAGAGCAAAGAAUUGCUUUGAAAAUGCUCUGAAGAAUGAACCCAAUAACCCGGAAUUUAAUGCUGGCUAUGCAAUAGCAAUGUAUCGUUUGGAAGAUUUUUCUUAUAGACUAUGCCAAGAUUUAGGCCCGUCCCUCAAGCCCCUGGAGCGUGCAGUGGAACUGAAUCCAAAGGAUACUUUCAUUAUGGCAUUACUUGCAUUAAAACUUCAGGACUUAAUGCGAGUUGAUGAAGGGGAGAGGUACAUUGAAGAAGCAAUGCAGAAAACCCCCAAUCUUCCUUAUUUCCUGCGAUAUGCUGCUAAAUUUUACAGAAGGAAAGGAGAAGUGGACAAGGCACUGAAGAUUUUGAAAAAGGCCCUAGCAGUGACACCAAAAUCUGCCUUUUUGCAUCAUCAACUAGGUCUCUGCUACAGAGCAAAGCUGAUUCAACUGAAAAAGACUACAAGAUAUCCACCUCAAGAACAAGUGGACGAACUCAUCCGACUUUCCAUUUUUCAUUUUAAAACAGUGACUGGCCAAAAGGCAAAAUUUUUUACUGCCCAUAUUGACCUAGCAAACAUGUACGCACAAGCAAAGAGGUAUGAAGAAGCAGAAGAGACAUUUCAGAAAGCAUUUCAGAUAAAUAUUCUAAGCUGUGUCGAUAAACAACACUUCUACUAUAAUUAUGGCAAUUUUCAGCGUUUUCAUAUGAAAUCAGAAUCUGAAGCCAUUAGGUAUUACAUAGAAGGGCUGAAAAUUGAAGAAGAUUCUUAUCGAAGAAAACAGUGCGGAAAUGCUCUGAAGAAAUUGUUGGAACAGAGAAUUCAGGAAGGUUUAGGUGAUGCAACAGAUUUUGCUACACUUGGACUAGUUCACAAUCUAAAUGGUGAGACACAUGAAGCAAUUGAGUGCUAUGAGAAAGCCAUUGCAUUGUGUCCUGACAAUGAAGAAUAUCUGAGUGCAUUAUGUGAGGUACGACUUUCCAUCUCAAGCUAAAGUUCCCCAAAAUCCUUCACAGCAAAAAAAUCCCCAAACUGAAGGACAUUUCAACAGACUCUCAAAACUUUUUUUUUUUUUUUUAAGGUUGAAGUUAUAACCAGAUGAAACAUCUGGCGGCAUCACUUUCUGGUGAUAAUGUAGAAACUGCAGAUGAUUGUUUGUUUGUUUGUUCAUUCAACAACAGAGAGCAUGCUUGCAAAGACUAAGUAAUAGCUAAGCUAGCUUAGUUUUCAGUGCUAACGCUGAUAAAAAGGUUGUGUUUAAGUGAUGACCUGUAGAACAUAGAACUUCUAAGCUGGAAAUCAGAUCUUACCUUCUACUGAAAAAAAGAUAAGGGAAUCAUAUCAUACUAUUUCCUUUAUCUACUUGAAAGGCAUGCUUAUACACCAAUGGAAAUUCUGAUGCUUUUUCAAAUAUUUAAAAAAUGUCAUCUUUUAGUGUUAUUUAGAAAAAACUUUUGUUGAAGCCUUGUUCAGUUUAUCACCUUGUGUGUUGUUUAACUACGAAAAAUAACCACUGUUUGGCUAGUUCACUGGAAUGCUUACAAAAUGUGUGUUAUUGUUGUGAACUACUAAAGAGCA